AAAGACUGAGAAACCUAGAGGCUAGAGAACGAUCAGAGAUCCCCUUUCGGUCCCAAUCUAACGACCAGAAGAAUCAUCAUACAUCACCAUGCUUGGAUCUCCAACAUUGAGAGUAUGAUGGGAAACGAAAAGGACCAAACAUUCUCAGACUUCCCUUACGAUCUCUUACAACUAGUAGUUUCCCAUCUUCCAUUGAAAGACAACAUCCGCGCUUCUACUGUCUCCAAAACAUGGCAACAAGCUUGUCUUUCCGUUAGAGUCCCAGACAGACCUCCUUGGCUCAUCUACUUUUCGAAAACAGAGGAAUCAUCAUCAUGUGAACUCUAUGACCCAUCGAUGCAGAGAAGGUACUAUCUCUCGUUUCCCGAGCUCUCCGGUUCUCGUGUGUGUCACUCCAAUGAAGGUUGGUUGCUCAUGUACAACCCCAACUCGUUUCAUCUCUUCUUCUUCAACCCGUUUGCUCGUGAUCUCAUCCCCUUGCCACCGCUUUGGAUGGCUUACGAUCAGAGAAUGGCUUUCUCUUGCGCUCCAACAUCAACUGCUUGUCUCUUGUUCACAGUCGCGAACGUAAACGUGGAGAACAACAACAUCACCGUCAAGACAUGUUGUCCUAAUAAUGAUAAAGAGUGGAACACGUUCGUGUUCCGUAAUCAGUUACCGGUUAGUAGUACUUUCGAGCAGAUUGUUUUCUCCAACGGUGUCUUCUACUGCCUCACAAACAGUGGCCACUUAUCCAUCUUUGACCCGUCUUUGAGUUCUUGGAACGUUCUUAUCUCCGGACUACCUCUUAGACAUCACGGAAGCAACGGAUGUUUCAUGACACAGCACCAAGGAGAGAUCUAUCUCGUAUACAUGUACAGCCACAAGAACCCAACAGUGCUUAGACUUGAUCCUACAAGCUGUGAAUGGACUGAGAGGAAAACACUGGGAGGCUUGACGAUUUACGCUAGUGCUUUGUCUUCUGAAACGAGAGCUGAGCAGAAGGAGCCGAGUGGAGGAGUAAGGAACUGUUUGUGUCUCCCUGUGUUCCAUGGGUUCAAGAGGACUUGCAUAUACUAUAAGGUGGAUGAAGAGAGUGUGGUUUCAUUGAAGUGGAAAAAGUCUGAUCCGUAUGGGAAUAUUUGGAUCAUGCCACCACUCAACCCUGUACUUAAUCAACUUCUCUAGUAAUAUUCAAGGACAUGUACAAUAUACUUUUUUAAUAUAUUUUCUUUUUGUCAAACUGCCCAUAUGAUUAAACCAAGUUUUGACAGAUAGAUAUGUCAUUCUGAAGAGAAGAGAUGAAACCAGAUUCAGUAUAGUAUAUACUUAUUUACACAUACUGAAAAUGGAAUGACUCAUAAGCUUGUAAUAGUUAAAAACAAACUCUGUAUUUCUGGUCUCACACUCAUAAGCUGAUUAACAAUGUUGCAUCCUAAAUCAUAAAAGAAAAGAAAAAUAGAAAUCAAACAAACAAACAAACCAAAACAAAUCAGAAAUGGAAAACCAUAUCAAACUGAUGAACUGGUAAAAGAAGAAGGGAAAAA